GCAGGAGGGCGCCGCGCCCACUGGCCUCUCACGCCACGUGCGCGAGGAGCAGGCGUCGAGCGGCGGUGUCCGCCCCGCCCGGGCCGCUCCUCGCCGCCGACAGAGCGCGCGUGGAGCGGCACCCGCCUGCGCCGAGGGUGGAGAAGGGCCUCCGGGAACCCUCCUCGCGUGCUCUGCGGCUGGCGCCUCGGGCCUGGCGCAGCCGGCGGAGAGCCGGGCCGUCCCGCGCUGCGGCCGCCACCUGCUGGCGACGCCAACGGCCCCAGAGAGCUCCUGGGCCGGGCGCGCGGGUCUUUGUGCGCACGCGCAGCGACGUCGCCCGCUGAGGGGCCGCGCGGGCACCAGCGGUUGACUUUGCCUUUACUGGUCUGACCGGCACGAAGGCGCGGAGCUUGCUGCUUGCGGUUUCGGCCAGACUGGGUGGCCAGCCUCGGGCUACGCAGGCGGAGAAAACGCGAGGAGGAGCUGAGGUGUCCACGGACCCGGAAGGCUCUACCCGAAAGAGGCUUUCGGCUUGAGCGGCAGGAUGGGGGCCACCUCCCCUGCCCCUGCCCCUGCCCCUUCGUGGGCGACCCAGCCUCCCCCGGCUGAGAUGUGUGGCUUCGAAUUCUUAACCCGAGGAUAUGACCUCCGGUUGAAAGAGAUGGGGGAGUUUCACGGAGCUGCCUGCCGGCACGAACUCGUGAAAGUGAAGAAGAUGCUUUACUGCAACAGAACGUUGCCGAAUCGGACAGACAAGAAGCACAGGACUGCUCUCCAUUUGGCCUGUGUCAGCAGAGAUGCACAGGUGAUAACUUUCCUGCUGGACAAAAACUGUGACCUUAACCCCCGUGACGGCGAAAACAGGACACCUCUGAUAAAGGCCGUACAAUGCCAGGCACAGGAAUGUAUCAUUCUGCUCUUAGAACAUGGUGCCGAUGCCAAUGUUGUGGAUGACUACGGCAACACUGCUCUCCACUAUGCUGCCUACAAUGGGGAUUCAUCAAUAGCAGCAAAACUAGUGCUUAUGGUGCCACUAUGGAAACGACAAACAGGAGCCUCAAGUGCAUCCAUCCCCUAG